AUGGAUGCGGGGAUGGGAGGUGGACAGCAGAUAUAUGGAUAUCAAAAAGUAGGGAGGGAAAGGACAGGGGAGAGUGAAACGGAUGGGGGGAGUGUUAGUGGAGGACCGGAAUAUCGAGGAGGACAGAGAAUGCCUCAAAACCGAAAUCAAAGACCGAAUGGACAUUUACUUCCCCCAUUUUCGGGUGUAUCGGAAACCAGUCCGAAGGUGAAAAAUAAUUCGGCGGCAUUUAUGGCGGCUAAUUUGGCGGCAAAGAGAAGUCGGGAAAGUAGCCCGAAUCACACGGGUCAAAAUUAUGGGAUCGGAAUAGGGAAACAGGCAAGUCCAUUGCCGAGUAGAAGACAGAGUUAUGCGAGUUCGAUUGAUAGUACGGAUAGGAGAGUGGAUCUAUCGAGUAUUCCUCCUACGUCUAAUUUGGUGGAGAUGUGGGAGCAGCCGGAUAAGGGAGUGAAGAAGGGAGGAGGGCUUGUGAGUAAUAGGGGAAACGAGAUUGUGAAUAGACAGGAUCAGAAAAGACCUGCUUCGAGUCAUGCGCCUAUACCUGUUUUGAAACCGGCAGGGCUGGCCAGACCGGUUUCUUCUCAUGCUUCGGAGUCCUCAGUGAAACCUCGAAUUGCUUCUGAGCAAGCCACUAUUUCUGAGCAAAUCAAGUCGAAGUCGAAGCCUGUGGUACAUCCACGACCUCCUUCUUCGCAAGCUUCAGUGUCUGGGCCCUCAAAAUCUGACGUACAGCCUCGACCCGUUUCCUCCCAUACUACUAGUUCCGAAGGUCCAAAACCAUCUCCUAAACCUCUAGCGCAGAAGCCUGUCAUACACAAUACUCGGCCUGCUUCUUCUCAUGGCCCAACACCUGAUCUUUCUACAAAACCUUCAAUGCAAAAACCCUCCCAGCCAGUUUCUUCUCACGGACCCGUACCUGUGAAACCGUCAGUAAAACCCUCGCUACAAUCUAUUCGACCUACGUCCUCUCAUACUUCGGAAUCUACUGAACCAUCCUCGAAGGCUUCGAUAAAAAAGCCCUCUUUACCGCCCCCACGACGCACGCCUGCUAAUCUCUCUGCAUCGGGAGAUCAAUCGACAAAUCUUCCCAUGCAUGCACCUCAGCCACGUUCAAUGCAAUCUCCUAUAUUGACAACAGCUCACAGAACUGAACCAACCUCGGAAUCUUCCAAUCAACCAUCAAGGCAUCCUUCUACCACAAAAACUCCUCGUAGAUCCUCUAAACCCAUACCGCUGUCUAGAAAACCAGUGUCUAGUCAAUCCUACAAUAACGAUGCUGACGAUGAUGGAUCCUCGGACGAUUCAUUCGUAUCUGCAUCCUCUCAACCUAAACCCAAAUCUCCCUCCUUGCGUGCAAAAAUAGCAGAGCAAAAACGACUUCAGUCGUCCAAUUACGCCCCGAGCAUGACUGCCGAAACUCUUUCCAAUGCUAUGGUAGCUGGAUACCUUGCUUCAUCACGUGCUUCCACUCCUUCUAUAUCUUCCGGAGUUAUUCAACCUCCAGCUCCUCCUCCCCCUCGACGACUCAAGAAACUUUUCCAAUCCGAUCACUCGAGAACGCCUACACCCCCUCAGAGCACUUUAUCAGCAAAUGGAGUUCCGACUAUGAAAACUACAAUGCGGAAACCGAAAACGGAGAAAGAAUUGAGGGAAGAAGAAGGAGAAGGGGAACGGAGAAGGGCUAAGAAACACUUGGUCAAGAAACAUCCGAAUAAACAUGACGAGGGAAACCGAAAGAGGUGGAGAGAUGAAAUUACGGAGAAAGAAAGAAAAAGAUAUGAAGCGCUCUGGGCGAGUAAUAAAGGUCUUUUCCCCUACACGAUAGAUCAUCGUGGGGAAAUGGUGGAAAUUGAAGGCGCGGCGGAUACGGUGCCGGGAAUGGUGGUGAAAGAUCUGUGGGAGAGGAGUAGAUUGGGUGGAGAUGUGUUGGAGGAGGCUUGGGAGUUGGUCCAUGGGAAAGGAUAUUGGGGACGUCAGAAAGAAAAGCGAUAUGGCAGGUUGGAGAGAGAUGAAUUUGUGGUGGGUUUGUGGCUGAUUGAUCAGAGGUUGAAGGGGAGGAAGUUGCCCGCGAGGGUUAAUCAUAGUAUUUGGGCGAGUGCGUCGUGAUGGGUGGGGGAUUAGCAUGCAGAUUGAUUGAUUGGUGGAUUGAUGGAUUGAUGGAUGGGUUGGGUAAAAGAUGGAUUGGAUUGAGUUACUUGAGCAUGAGAUAUAUGCUUGUGGGUAUUCAGGAAGCUAGAUAAUAGGGACGCGGGGGUUAAUAGAGUAAGAGGAGGAGAAGAUUGGAAAUCCUAAGAAUAGCUCGCUCGCGCGAAGAGGGGGGUGUACAUAGAUAGAGUGGAUUAGAUCAGACUUGGAUAUUUGAUUCGGUUGGGUUGAUGUAUUAUAUGGGUGAAGAUGAGAUUGUGUUGCGUGGCAUUAGAUUGAAUGAGAUCGAAUGAGAUUGGAUUGGACUAAUUGGAUUAUGGGAUUAUAGAAUUAAGCUUGAUACCUCCGCAGCGAUGCUUAAUUAGUAUGUAUGUAUAUAGCGAGAUUGAUGAGGGUAAUUAAUGCG